AUGGCCAGCGAGAACAACGACGUCAAUGCUGCCGAAUCUGAAAGCAGUGCGGGCCCAGAGGGCACGCACCGGGUGUGCCGCAUUUGUUUCCAAGGCGCGAACGAAGAGCGCGGGCAGCUUGUGGCUCCGUGCUCGUGCAAGGGAUCCAUCGGCCGCACUCACAAAUCCUGCCUAGAACGCUGGCUACGACAGCGCCACACGGACCAGUGCAACGUAUGCCUUGCACGGUUAAACAUCCGCAAGACGCCUGCCCCACUGUGGAAAUUCUUCCGAGUUCCUGAGCACCGCAUGGACGUGAUGCGCAUGGCCGUCAACCUGCUGUCGUGCAUCGGCGACAUCCUCGUGCUCGGCUUGGCCUGGACCUACGCGGUUAAAAUUCUUGGCUCCCAGGGAUGGUUUGCCUACACCGUUACCGUCCUGGUGCUCCUCUUCCAGUCCCUCUUCUGGUUGACUGUUGAAGGAAUACGGGCAUGGUGCGCAUUUCACUGCCUUUCUCAAAAGAGCUAG